GGGUUCCAAUUUUGAUCUGUGGUCUUUUGCUAUUUCACCACUAGACUUCAGACUUCAGAGACCACCAUGAAAUUUGCCCAGUAAUAACAGAAUACUACUCAAACAAAGAUGAGGGAUAGCUCCGGCUACAAGGAAUACGUGGCCGGCUUGCUCGCCGGCGUUGCCACUGUUGGCACCGGCCAUCCCUUCGACACCGUCAAGGUGAAGAUGCAAAUGCACAACACUGUAGAACAUGGGAUUACAUACCGGAACGGUUUGCAUUGUACUGCAAGGAUACUAAGGACUGAAGGGAUUAAAGGACUUUACAGAGGGGCAACUUCAUCUUUUAUGGGGGUAGCUUUUGAGAGUUCGCUUCUUUUUGGCAUGUAUUCCCAGAUGAAACAGUCGCUGCAGGGAAAUGUGCAAAGUGCUGUGCCACAACCACAAAUCAUAAUUCCAUCUGCAGCUUUUGGUGGAGCAAUGAUCAGUUUUAUACUAUGCCCCUCGGAGCUGGUGAAGUGUAGGAUGCAAGUUCAAGGCACAGACUCUUUGAUACCGAUAUCAAGUAGAUAUGCUGGCCCUCUUGAUUGCGCCCUUAAAACUGUAAAAGAGGAUGGGGUUAGAGGAAUUUUUCGCGGAGGUUUUACAACGUUUUUAAGAGAAGCUACUGGAAAUGCAGUCUUUUUCACCGUUUAUGAGUAUGUCCGCUAUCAUAUGCAUUUACAACUGCAAUCUGCUUCAUCGGACCACAAGAACUUGAUUGACGUGGGAGUUGGGAUUGUUAGUGGUGGCCUUGGUGGUAUAGCUUUUUGGUCUGCUGUGUUGCCCUUGGAUGUUGCGAAGACUAUAAUUCAGACAUCUGCAGAUAAGAACUCUACAAGAAAUCCAUUUCAAAUCUUAAGCUCAAUAUACAGAAUGGCUGGAUUGAAAGGAUGCUAUACAGGUCUGGGUCCUACAAUAGUUAGGGCCUUUCCUGCUAAUGCGGCGGCAAUUGUCAGUUGGGAAAUUGCCAUAAAACUAUUAGGCAUCCAACGUGAAUAAAGAUACUGUUCUCUGCAAUUACCACAAGCUUCUAACCUAUUUUUCAAUUCCUUAUGUAAUACAAUUCAAGGUUCGGCAUACAGACAUGAUCCAGAGAAAAUUCUUCACUUGGCCAACGCAAGGAGUAUUACCUUGUUUUCUUUAACGAGUGAUCCAACAUUUUUCUACAAGCAACCUUUGGAGAAUAGCAGUGAUUGUGAGUUUGCCUAAUGUUCAGUUUAAUUGUGCUUUAUUAUGAACCCGAUUCCAAGAGUCUGAGAUUGGAUCUGCUCCUUGUUUGUGACAUAAUUGAUGGUGCAAGAUUCUGUACCAAUUGGUUCAGACAUUAUUUCUGUAAUUUCUAUCCCUUUACCAAUCAUUGUAGUAGAGGUUUUUAUAACAAAGUAGGCAAGUGAUUGCUGCUGA